CUCUCUCUCUCUCUCUCUCUCUGUCAAUUCAGCCAUGGCGAGAUUUGAUUUACAGAGAUAGGGCUUCAUAAUAUACGAAUCGUUAGUCUCGUUUCUCAAAUUUCAACUCAUAGAAACGCGAAAGAGCAAUGGAUUUGAGGAAAAUCGUGGUGAUUGUUGAAGACGUUGAAGCAGCUAGAACGGCAUUGAAGUGGACGCUCAAUAACCUAAUGCGCUACGGCGAUUUGAUUACUCUUCUCCAUGUAUUUCCGACUACAAGAUCCAAAAGCGCUUCCAAACUUCGUCAUCUCCGAUUGAACGGCUAUCAAUUAGCCCUAUCCUUCAAAGACCUCUGUACCACUUUCCCCAAUACAAAGGUAGAGAUUAUUGUGACGGAAGGCGGCGGCGGCGACGAAGAAGGUAGAAAGAUCGCAACCGUGGUUAGAGAGAUUGGAGCUUCUGUGCUUGUGGUUGGCCUCCAUGAUCGCAGCUUUCUGUACAAGAUGGCUGUGGAGGAAGAUGAUAUAGCAAGGAACUUCAAAUGUAAAGUUCUGGCAAUCAAGAGCUCAACAGAAGAACCACAGAAAACCAAAAACGUGGAGGUUAUAGCAGCAGCAGCGGAUACGAGCAGUUCAACAAACAUGGACUUUUCCCAGAUCGAGAUUGCCAAAUUACAAGCUCCUGAAAUUCCUCCGCAGAAAAUUCCAUACAGAAUCUGCCCCGACCCUUCUGCCAUUAUUUGGAGAUCCAAGAAAUCAAGAACAAGGUGGACCUUGUGACAUCGGCCCUCUCUCUUUAUUUAUCUUCUACUUCUGCAUCUUCUCUCUCGCUUUACACACCUACCUUCUUAGACAUCCCCAAUAAUGGAGUUUUUUUUUUUUUUUCUUUUUUCUUUUUUCAUGGAGGUUUUGAGGUUGUCGUUGUUAAUAUCAUAAGCCCUGCUCACCACACACCCGUAAUAGAUUGAAAACUACACUAAAUUUGUAACCCAUUUUAUCUGAUUUAUAUAUAUGAUUAAGUUAUAUGUAGUUAUAAUUUAA